ACGCCGUUUCGACCUCCCUCUGCCUCCCUAUAUAACUACGGGCCUACAACUCGGGCCAACUCACUUUACUAACUCACUUUACUCAUCACUAUUUCCGUUGGUAAAAAAUCAGAAAGUAGUGUUCAGACUUGUCCACUCAAGAAAAGAAGAAGAUUUUAUAUAAAGAAGGUAGAGAGAGUCAGGGAAAGCUCGAGAAAAAGGAAAAGAAAAAGAAAAAAGAAAAAGAAAAGUUAGCUAACUGUGAAUUGACUGAUUUCUACUAACCAAACAGCAUCAGAUCGUGGAAUUUAGGGAUUUUUAUAUACUUUUGGAGUUUUUGAUCGCAAUCGAGAAAUGGCCAGCCCAAUCACUCCAAGUACUGGUAGAGCUUUAUCAAUAACGCCUGGUGCAAGGGUUUUGAAACCCCCUCUUAGCGAUGAAACGAUUUGGAAGCGGCUCAAAGAGGCAGGUUUUGAUGAGGAAUCUGUUAAAAGAAGAGAUAAGGCUGCUCUUAUAGCCUAUAUCGCUAAACUCGAAGCUGAGGUCUUCGACCUUCAACACAACAUGGGCCUUCUUUUAUUGGAAAGAAAGGAGUUCACAUUAAAGUAUGAGCAAAUCAAAGACUCUGCUGAAUCUGCUGAACUAAUGCAUAAGCGUGAUCAAGCUGCACACUUGUCUGCUUUAGCUGAAGCCAGGAAACGGGAAGAGAACUUGAAGAAGGCUCUGGGAGUUGAGAAAGAGUGUAUAGCAAGUAUUGAGAAGACUUUACAUGAGAUGCGUGCUGAAUCUGCUGAAAGUAAGGUUGCAGCUGAGUGUAAAUUAGCUGAUGCACGCAGCAUGGCAGAUGAUGCUCAGAAAAAAUACAUGGAUGCUGAGGCAAAAUUUCGUGCUGCAGAAGCUUUACAAGCAGAAGCAAGCCGAUGUCGUCGUGAUGCAGAAAGAAAGCUCCAGGAAGUAGAAGCACGUGAAGAUGAUCUUAGCAGGCGUAUCAGCACUUUCAAGGCUGAUUGUGAUGCAAAAGAGAAGGAGAUUGAUCUUGAAAGACAAACCUUGAGUGAGAGACGGAAAGUUCUGCAGCUGGAAUAUGAAAGAUUACUUGAUGCACAAGGUUUUCUGAAUCAGAGGGAGGAUUAUGUUGCUAGCAAAUCUCAAGAGCUAAAUGAUCUGGAAAAGGAGUUGGAGGCCUCAAAAGCAAUUAUUGAGAAGGACCGUAGAGCCUUGAAUGAAGAGAAAUCCAACUUGGAGCUGGCUGUUGCUUCCGUAUCUCAAAGAGAAGAGGCUGUUAUUGAGAGAGAAGCUCAUCUAAACAAGAGAGAGCAAGAGCUACUGCUUUUGCAGGAAAAACUUGCCAGCAAGGAAUCUCUUGAAAUUCAGAAAGUUAUUGCCAAUCAUGAGACUGUUCUGAAAACAAGGAAGUCAGAAUUUGAAGCCGAGUUGGAGAUAAAACGGAAACUGGUUGAAGAUGAAAUUGAGGCCAAGAGACGAGCCUGGGAAUUGAGGGAGGUGGACCUUAGACAAAGGGAGGACAUGUUAAAUGAAAGGGAACAUGACUUAGAGGUUCAAUCAAGGGUAUUGGGUGAUAAGGAGAAGGAUGUUUCAGAAAAGGUCAAUUUUCUUAAUGAAAAAGAAAGAGUUCUUAAUGUUGCUGAGAAGGACAAUGAGUUGAAGAGAUCACUCCUGCAGCAAGAAAAAGAGGAGAUUAAUAAAAUGAAGUUAGACCUUCAGGAGUCUUUGAAUUCUUUGGAAGACAUAAAGAGACAAGUUGAUUGUGCAAAGGAGAAACUAGAGACUAUGAAAAGUGAAACAAAUGAGCUCUCAGUUUUGGAGAUGAAACUUAAAGAAGAGGUUGAUAUGGUCAGGGCUCAGAAAGCAGAACUUAUGGCUGAAGCAGACAGAUUGCAGGUUGAGAAAGCUAAGUUUGAAACUGAGUGGGAGCUGAUUGAUGAAAAAAGGGAAGAACUAAGGGUCGAAGCUGAGCGAAUAGUUGAGGAGAGACAAGCUGUUUGUAGGUUACUGAAGGAUGAGAGGGAUAACUUAAGACUAGAGAAGGAAGCAAUUCAAGAGCAACAUAGGCAUGAUGUUGAGUUGCUGAACCAUGAGCGUGAAGAGUUCAUGAACAAGAUGGUGCAAGAGCGUUCUGAGUGGUUCAACAAAAUUCAGAAGGAACAUGCAGAUUUUUUGUUGGGCAUUGAGAUGCAAAAGAGAGAGCUGGAGAAUAGUGUUGAGAAAAGGCGUGAAGAGAUUGAAAAUUAUUUAAGGGAUCAAGAGAAAGCCAUUGAGCUAGAAAAGAAAAAUGAACUUCAGCAUAUUAGUUCUAUUAAGGAAAAGGCAGAAAAAGAGUGGGAGCAGAUUGCUUUAGAAAUGAAGAAGCUUGAUUCUGAGAGAAUGGAGAUAAAUGUAGACCGUGAGCGAAGAGACAAGGAAUGGGCUGUGCUGAAUAAAUGCAUUGAGGAGCUUAAGGAUCAAACACAAAAAUUGGAGAAACAGAGGGAAUUAUUACAUGCAGAAAGAGAGGACGUUUGUGCUCAGAUUGAACAACUUAAAAAAUUGGAAGAUUUAAAACUUAUGUUGGAUAAUAUGGAAGUGGCCAAGAUGCAACAGUCAAACAUAGAGUCUAGCUGGCAAAAAAUUUCUGCACUAAGAUAUUCAAGAUAUCACUCUGAGAAAGAUGCCGAUUUGGUAUCACGUGAAAGAGUAGAUAUUAUUAACAAUGGAAAUGGACUUGAUUCUCAAUCUAUACUAAAACCAGAUGUUUCUUCAUCCCCUAACUCUGUGCGUUUCUCUUGGAUCAAACGUUGCACUGAACGGAUAUUCAAAAGUUCUCCUGAGAAGCCACUGCUGAAGAGUGAAGAAAUAUCUGUGAUAUCCAAUGAUGCAAGUUUGACAUCUGGUGGCAAAUUGGAUUCUUCCAAUGGGUAUAAUGGACAAAGGUUCAAGUCAAUUGAAUUUUUAGGCAAGAGACAGCCUACCAGAUAUGCUUUUGAUCAACCAAAGGUGACACCUGAUCCCCCUGGAGGUCAAAUUGCCAAGGGAACACAUGACGAUGAAUCUGACAUAAAGGAAGAUGCCAAUGCAGUGCCUACAUCUCCUGAAGAAUCACUUCACGCUGGAAGGAAAAGGCGAGUUAAAAACUAUCCUCUAAAUGUUUCUACUGAUGUACUACCAGAGCGAAGGCAGAACAAUAAGAGGAGGCGGCAACAAGAAAAUGCAGCUGUAGAAGUACCCAGAGAUGCAAAUAACCACUGUGUGACCUCAACCCAGGUAGAAACACCAGAGCAUCAACAAUCAACUGAUGAAGUUGAAGAUACCAAUGUAAAUGAAGAAAAAGUUGAGAAUUUGCCGAAUUCUGAGGUGACGUGUGAUCUCGGUCCUGUUCGAGAUGGGGGAACAAGUGAUCUUCCAAAUCAGAGAUAUGUGGAACAUAGUGUGGUCCCACAUAGCUCAGAGGUCACAGAAAUGAAAGAUCAUGUCGAACAUGAUAUUGAUCAACAUAAGUCUCAUGAUGGUGAUUUGAGGAUGGAAGAUUCAAAUAUCGACAAAACUGACAACAGUGAGCAAGUUGCUGAGGACAUUGCAAGGAGGACAAGAUCAAAACAGAAGCUGUAGAAUUCUAGCAAUUGCCUAUAGCAUGUUGUAAACGUUCAUGAUUGGGAACACACAUCUUUUUCUGUCCAGAUUUGGUCACUUCAUCAGUUACGACAGUUCAACUUGAGCAGCGGCCUAUUUUUUUUCCUCUCUGCCGUAGUAUAUAGUGCUGGAAGUACUAACCAUGUUUUGGUCUAGCCCUUCUGCCUGCUGACUUGUUUUGUGGUGUGAUUGAAUCAUCUCAAAAUGAAUGGGGGAAAUUUGUAAAUGGAUUGUGUCUAUUUUUGUGGGUUUCUGGUAGUAGUUUGUUAAUGUCUAGUGUGUCCUUGAGUAGCAUAGGCAAUUGUGCAUCCAUGUCUGGCUUAUGGGGUUGUGUGCUUUUUAUUUACUUUUUCUGAAAGGUAAUUAUCUUGCAUAGUUAGAUUCUAGUGUUAAAGUGUCCUAGGUGUGGAGACACUUGAAAAUGAAAUGAAUACAGGAGCAGAAUGUGUUUCUUCUUCGACACAUUGACCAUUCAACAACAGUAUACAGUUGCGUGAAAUUUGAAUUGCA